AUGAGUGAACGCGUUCGCGUGGUGGUGCGGGUACGACCUUUUAUCGAAAGCGAUCCGGACGAUGCCGACCUCGCGAUCGUUACGGUUAAUCCAACCCACGUUAGCGUGGGGGGAAAUCGCGUUUUCGCGGUGGAUCGCGUCUACGGCAUGGAGGAUUCCACGUUGGAUAUCUUUGACGACACCGUACGGAAGAUCGUGGAUGACUUCCUCAACGGCUUCCACGCCACCGUAUUGGCGUAUGGGCAGACGGGAACGGGGAAAACCUUCACCAUGUCGGGGUUGAUGCCGUUGAUUCUGCGUUAUAUUGUCGAGAAAGGCUUUCAUGGCGCGACUCGGGAGCUGAGUUUUCAAUUUAUCGAGGUCUACGGCGACGUCUUGCGGGAUUUACUAACGGAGGAUCCUGUGAAUGAUGGGAAUGAAAUCCAGCUCUUUGAUGGCGGGGGUCCGAGCGAGAUGGGAAGGGAUUGCGUGGUGAUCGGCGCCCGACGCGCGACUGCGGAGGAUCUGAGCGGCAUCGAAAAAAUCAUCCAAUACGGCACCCAACUCCGCGCCACGGCCGCCACGAACAUCCACGAGCACUCCAGCCGCAGCCACAGCAUUUUUACGAUUUACAACCACCACCAUGGGGGCAACAAACUCCACCUCGUCGACCUGGCGGGGUCGGAGCGAAACAAAAAGACCCUUAACGUCGGGCAGCGGUUUAAAGAAAGCAUCGCGAUCAAUUCGGGGUUGCUCGCGCUUGGGAAUGUGAUUCGGGCGUUGGUGCGGAAUAGCCACCAAGGGGGCGGCGAUCCCGCCGGCCACGUGCCGUACCGAAGUAGCAAACUCACCCGUCUUCUCCAAAACGCGCUUGGGGGGAAUGGAAAAACGCUUUUCCUCGGAUGCGUCGCGCCCGGGGGGAAUAAUCGGGAUGAAACGUUGCGAACGCUGCAGUAUUGCGCGCUCGCGGUGCGGGUGUUAAACACCCCUUUGCCGCAGUAUCGCGAGCUGCACGACGCGCAGAUGCGGCCGUUUCGUUCGAAGCCGCCAAACCCACAGGCGAAGCGCGACGACGGAAAGGCAGGUGGACCUGACGGGGUGGGGUUUUCCCUCGCGACCGAAACGGGGGAUGUUCACACCGAGUUGGAGAUGUAUCGGCAGUUUUGUCUGGAGCAGGAAGGUGAGAUCGAAUCGCUCCAACAGCAACUCCGCGCCGCCGAGGAUCGCGCGCGCGUCUUUGAGGAUGAGUUGCGCAACGAUCAGGUGAUUUUUACCCGCCAAAUCGCGGAGAUGGAGCGGGUGUUGGCGGAGAAUCGGGAGCUCCGGCAACGUCUGGCGAUCCUGGAAAGCAACCAGACCGCCCUGCCUUCUGUGGAAAAGCCUGCUGGGGAGGGGUGGAGCGGUUCCGCGCCGCCGACAAACCCUCAAAAGGAUCCCUCGCGGGCUCUGGAAAAUUUUGAGGCGGGUGAAACCUCCCUAAGGCGGGGAAAUAUGAAGUGCGACAAUCCCGUCGAGGAAGGCAAUCCCCCCUCCAAUCGAAUCCCCCCUAGUUUCUCUUCACAACCCGCCAAUGGCGUCGCGGGAAGUCGAGAUGAGCAGCUGUGGUCGCUCACCAAAGAAGCACUUUUUUAUCAAACAAAUAACGCGGAGCUACGGAAUCAGUUGGGAAGUGUGAUGGCGCGCUUGGAGGCGCAGCAGCGAGAGUCCGCGUUGCUACGUCUGGAGCUUCAGGAAAUUCAUGAAUUGCUCCAUCCGCAGAAAAAACAGUAA